AGGUCAGUGCCCGACACAUUGAAUACGACCACAUGGCAGUGCCGGACACAUUGAAUACGAUCACAUGGCAGGCAUUUCUACAGUCAACGCGGGAUUGGAGAAAUUCGUUAUUUAUUCUGGAUAACUCUAAUCUACGAAAACCAUUUAAAGGACUAGAUUGACAACCUAAAAGUUGCUAUAAAGGUACAAUGUUGACCAACAAGCUGCUGACCCUGGUGCUGGUGGUGCAGCCUGGACGGGUGCUGCUGGGCAUGAAGAAGAGAGGGUUCGGAGCAGGGAAGUGGAAUGGGUUUGGUGGCAAAGUCCAACCUGGGGAGACUAUUGAAGAGGCUGCCAGGCGAGAACUGCAGGAGGAAUGUGGCCUCACAGUGGAUGCACUUGAUAAGAUUGGAAAUAUCAAAUUUGAAUUCAUCGGAGAAACAGAGCUGCUUGAUGUGCAUGUUUUCCGAGCUGACAACUACAAUGGGGAGCCAACAGAGUCGGAUGAGAUGCGGCCGCAGUGGUUCGACUCGGACAAGAUACCCUUCAGUCAGAUGUGGGUUGACGAUAUUCUGUGGUUUCCACUGAUGCUUCAAAAGAAGAAGUUCUUGGGCUACUUCAAAUUUCAGGGUCAUGACUUGAUCAUCGAACACAAGUUGGAGGAGGUAGAAAGGCUUUAAGACAGACUACUGACCUCGGACUCAUUCGUACUGUCAAAGAGCAUUCCCACAUGUUGUCUACCUAAAACAUCCCUGGAGAAAUACUGCAGAAUUCCUACUGAUUCCAGCUACCCUUGUUCAGUGCCAAGAAAUCCCCAGGUCUUUUGUAAAUUAACAAACACUUUGUUGCCAGUGACCAUAUGCCUGUGAAUCAGUAAUAAUAAUUCCCACUGAGCAAAAACAAAAUACUGGAUGUUUAAAUGUUGCUGACAUAUGUAUCGUAUUCCACUAUGUGUGUUUUAUGUUUCUAUAUUACACACUGUGUGUUUAAAGUAUGUGCGAAUGCAUUGUGCUCUUUAGUAAAGAAUGCAUCUCUUUUUUGUUACUUUAUCAAACAGGUGGUAAACUGGAAUGACAAUGAUUUGGAUUGUUACUUUAUCAAACAGGUGGUAAACUGGAAUGACAAUGAUUUGGAUUGUUACUUUAUCAAACAGGUGGUAAACUGGAAUGACAAUGAUUUGGAUUGUUACUUUAUCAAACAGGUGGUAAACUGGAAUGACAAUGAUUUGGAUUGUUACUUUAUCAAACAGGUGGUAAACUGGAAUGACAAUGAUUUGGAUUGUUACUUUAUCAAACAGGUGGUAAACUGGAAUGACAAUGAUUUGGAUUGUUACUUUAUCAAACAGGUGGUAAACUGGAAUGACAAUGAUUUGGAUUGUUACUUUAUCAAACAGGUGGUAAACUGGAAUGACAAUGAUUUGGAUUGUUACUUUAUCAAACAGGUGGUAAACUGGAAUGACAAUGAUUUGGAUUGUUACUUUAUCAAACAGGUGGUAAACUGGAAUGACAAUGAUUUGGAUUGUUACUUUAUCAAACAGGUGGUAAACUGGAAUGACAAUGAUUUGGAUUGUUACUUUAUCAAACAGGUGGUAAACUGGAAUGACAAUGAUUUGGAUUGUUACUUUAUCAAACAGGUGGUAAACUGGAAUGACAAUGAUUUGGAUUGUUACUUUAUCAAACAGGUGGUAAACUGGAAUGACAAUGAUUUGGAUUGUUACUUUAUCAAACAGGUGGUAAACUGGAAUGACUGAUUUGGAUUGUUACUUUAUCAAACAGGUGGUAAACUGGAAUGACAAUGAUUUGGAUUGUUACUUUAUCAAACAGGUGGUAAACUGGAAUGACAAUGAUUUGGAUUGUUACUUUAUCAAACAGGUGGUAAACUGGAAUGACAAUGAUUUGGAUUGUUACUUUAUCAAACAGGUGGUAAACUGGAAUGACAAUGAUUUGGAUUGUUACUUUAUCAAACAGGUGGUAAACUGGAAUGACAAUGAUUUGGAUUGUUACUUUAUCAAACAGGUGGUAAACUGGAAUGAC